UGAUUUCCUCUAAGACUACAUGUCAAAAUUACCAAAUGUUUUACAUCCAAUAGCCGAUGAUUAAUAAAUCAAUGUGCUCUAGUGGUGUUGUUAUAAUAAAAAAAUAGUAUUGUGGCUAGUUUUGUUUCUAAAAGUAUAUUUAGAAACACCACACAAAGGAACAACGAGAGGUGCCAUAUAAAAUAAAGCAAUAAAUUCAACAUAUACCAUGGUUAAUUUAGUUGUAAUAAAAGAAAACACAAAACGGAUUAGCAAUUAUUAAUACCUAAACCUCUACAUUUUCAGACAACCUAGACAAUGACACAAAAACAAAGAUUAGCGGGGAAUGGAGCAGUGGCCAUCUUUAUUUGUGUCUUCAUGCUGGAUAUGUCUUUCCUUUCUGCCCGUGAAACUGCCUUUUUCAGCAGACUUCCGGGAUAUCACGUGACCAGUUCAGCCAUGCGCACAGUAGCAUGUCCGGUAAACAAAUGCUCGUUGUCAUUCUGUGCAGACAGUCGGUGUCUGGCCGUCAGUUUCCACAGAGGUAAUCAGAUAUGUCAACUCCACGACAAACUGAUCCACUCGCCGGAAGUGACGUAUGAAAGAUCGCCAUACUGGGAAUACCUCCAGCUAAAGACAGAGUAUGUGCUGUAUAGGGACUGGAUUUUGGUAUUCCGAGCUACUAGUCGCAUUAAUCAAUCAGCGUAUGACACGUGGACCACCCCUGGACAUUACGACGACUACCCAGCACUACGUCACGACGUCCCUGUUGGUUGUUUGUCGGUGAACGGGUCACACUCCUGUGACAGACACUUCAAAAGUAAACUCAUCGACAUCUGGAACUCCUCUAAUAUCGCACAGGUGAGACUGGUACUGUACGAAAACGGAGUUGCCAUGGAAAAUAUAACGUUCAUAGCUGCCGGGAUGUCGUCGACGACGUGGUUUACAUCAUCUAGAAUGACAUCAUCAUCAUGGAGUGAUAUGUCAAACAACAAUUUCAACUACUUUUCUCAAGGUGGCUUUAGGUAA